AUGGAAACAAGUAAAACACCAUGUCAUAGUUCUAUUCUGAAAGUAGGAAGGCUCAUUGAUGGUUACCUUGCAGAAAUUGCAGCCGAUCCUUGUCUGAAUCUGCAAAGGUUCAUGGCCAUCAUUGAGCUGUUGCCAGAUUAUGCUCGAGUAAUUGAGGAUGGUCUCUACCGAGCUAUUGAUAUAUAUUUGAAGGCUCAUCCUUCACUGACCGAGUCAGAAUGCAAGAGGCUCUGCAAUCUCAUUGACUGCCAGAAGCUCUCACAAAAAGCUUCAAACCACGCAGCACAGAAUGACGGUCUCCCUGUCCAGAUGGUGGUCCGUGUCCUCUACUUUGAGCAGCUCCGCUUCAAGUCGACCUUCUCCAUCUCAUCUGCAGAUGGCAGUAGCUCCUUCUCUCAUUGUAUGAUCAGUGGAAGCGCAGCUCCAAGCUCCACUGUCUCUCCCAGAGACAACUAUGCCUCAUUGAGAAGGGAGAACCGGGAACUCAAGCUCGAGAUAUCAAGAAUGAGAGUGAGGCUAAGCGAGCUGGAGAUGGAGCAGUCUUUUAUGAAAAGAGGGAUGAGGGAGGGGAGAUCAGGAAAACACGGGAAAGCUUUCUUCUCUUCCAUUUCUCAGAUAUUUGGCCCUGCAGCUGGAAAACAGCAUAAGUCGGCUAGGAAGUCCAUGGGGGUUGAAGGGAAGAGUCAUUGA